AUGUCUACUUCUCUCGACCAGCUCAAGGCUACCGGCACCACUGUUGUGUCUGACUCUGGCGACUUUGCCUCCAUUGGCAAGUACAAGCCUCAGGAUGCUACCACCAACCCUUCUCUCAUCCUCGCUGCCUCCAAGAAGGCUGAGUACGCCAAGUUGAUCGACGUCGCCAUCGAUUACGCUAAGCAGAAGGGUGGCCCCAUCGACCAGCAGGUCGACGAUGCCCUUGACCGACUCCUCGUUGAGUUCGGUAAGGAGAUCCUCAAGAUCAUUCCCGGCAAGGUCUCCACCGAGGUCGACGCUCGCUACUCUUUCGACACUGAGGCUUCAGUCAACAAGGCUCUUCACCUCAUCGAGCUCUACGGUGAGCAAGGUAUUUCUAAGGACCGUAUUUUGAUCAAGAUCGCCGCAACCUGGGAGGGUAUCAAGGCUGCUGAGAUCCUCCAGCGCGACCACGGCAUCAACACCAACCUCACCCUCAUGUUCUCUCUUGUCCAGGCCAUUGGUGCUGCUGAGGCUGGCGCUUACCUCAUCUCUCCCUUCGUUGGUCGUAUCCUCGACUGGUUCAAGGCGUCCACUAAGAAGGAGUACUCCAAGGAGGAGGACCCUGGUGUCCAGUCGGUCAAGCAAAUCUUCAACUACUACAAGAAGUUCGGCUACAACACCAUUGUUAUGGGUGCCUCUUUCCGAAACACUGGCGAGAUCACUGAGCUUGCCGGCUGCGAUUACCUGACUAUUUCUCCCAACCUGCUCGAGGAUCUCCUUAACUCUUCCGAGGCUGUGCCCAAGAAGCUUGAUGCCUCCCAGGCCUCUUCUCUGGAUAUCGAGAAGAAGUCCUACAUCAAGGAUGAGGCUUUCUUCCGCUUCGAUUUCAACGAGGAUCAGAUGGCCGUCGAGAAGCUCCGUGAAGGUAUCAGCAAGUUCGCUGCUGAUGCUGUCACCCUGAAGGAUAUCCUCAAGGAGAAGCUUUCCUAA